AGUGGUAAAACUGCAUCUUUUAUUAGAAUCAGCUUUAUUGGCCAAGUAACAAAGAGUGUUUACUCACAUCAUAUACAUAAAACAAAUACAGCAAGACAGCAGUUGAGUUACUUUUUGCAUUUUUGCACGAAAAUAUGAACAGUAAAACACCAAUUAAAUUACUUGUAGAAUUUUUAUAACAAAACGUGAUGAUUAGAACAUAGUACGACACGAUUUGACUGAGUGAAUGAAUGAAUAAAUGAAUGAAACUAAAUAAAUGCGAUACCUGUACUAUACCGCUCCAAUAUGGCCGCCGAAAAACCACAUCCGGUUUGUUCGGUCAAAGUUCAUAGACCAGUCGGAGCUGCGGAUUGGCUGAGAAAGUGCAUUGGAUGGACGCACACGCCUUUCGUCAACCUGAAAUAUAACUAGCGCAGACAAGGUCAGAAAGAAAUAAUAACAUGUAUUUAUUAUCUGUUCUAUGAAACGGUUGAAUUACAAAUUUUAUUGACGUCUGUUUGUAUUCUUUUCAGACAGGAGUUAGCCAGCCGCUGCUAGCUAAAGCAGGCUAACUAGCUACACGCCGAGUUUGACUUUGGAAGCAUGCUGAGUGCAUACAGAGCGUGCAGGACGCCGGCUGUCCGGGACCUUGUUCCAGCAUCCCUCUCGUUCGCGUCAUCCCGCAUCCACACCUCCGUGUCGUUGUCUCAGGACCAGGUGGAGCUUCACCCGCAGUGGGCCAGCCUGGCCAAGAAGCAGCUGAAGGGGAAGAACCCAGAAGAUCUAAUAUGGCGCACACCCGAGGGCAUCAACAUCAAGCCGGUGUACACCAAAGCUGAUUCUGCACGGAGUGCUGAUGAACUGCCGGGAGUGUUUCCGUACACAAGGGGGCCCUAUCCCACCAUGUACACCAACAGACCCUGGACUAUCAGGCAGUAUGCUGGAUUUAGCACCGUGGAGGAGAGCAACAAGUUCUACAAGGACAACAUUAAAGCCGGCCAACAGGGCCUCUCCGUGGCCUUUGACCUCCCCACGCACCGCGGCUACGACUCGGACAACCCCAGGGUCCACGGUGAUGUCGGCAUGGCGGGCGUCGCCAUUGACACAGUGGAGGACAUGAAGAUGCUCUUCGAUGGCAUCCCGCUUGAGAAGAUGUCCGUGUCCAUGACAAUGAACGGCGCUGUCGUCCCCGUGCUGGCCAUGUUCAUUGUGACCGGCGAGGAGCAGGGCGUCCCAAAGGCCAAGUUGACCGGCACCAUCCAGAACGACAUUUUGAAGGAGUUCAUGGUGCGGAACACUUAUAUUUUCCCGCCAGAACCUUCCAUGCACGCCAUUGCAGACAUCUUCGCUUACACUUCAGAGCACAUGCCCAAGUUCAACUCCAUUUCCAUCAGUGGCUACCAUCUCCAGGAAGCCGGAGCCGAUGCCAUCUUGGAGGUCGCCUACACUAUCGCUAACGGGCUGGAGUACUGUCGCACCGGACUCAAAGCUGGCUUGACCAUUGAUGAGUUUGCACCCCGGUUGUCGUUCUUCUGGGGCAUCGGCAUGAACUUCUACAUGGAGAUUGCAAAGCUGCGGGCGGGCAGGAGGUUGUGGUCCACGCUGAUCCAGGAGAAGUUCCUCCCCAAAAACGCCAAGUCUCUUCUUCUCCGCACUCACUGCCAAACGUCUGGUUGGUCUCUCACAGAGCAGGACCCGUACAACAAUGUGAUCCGGACAGUGAUCGAGGCCAUGGCGGCCGUGUUCGGCGGCACCCAGUCACUCCACACCAACUCAUUUGAUGAGGCGCUGGGCCUACCCACGGUGAAGAGCGCUCGCAUCGCCCGCAACACGCAGAUUAUCAUACAGGAGGAAUCAGGCAUCCCCAAGGUGGCCGAUCCCUGGGGGGGAUCCCACAUGAUGGAGUCGCUGACCGAGGACCUCUAUAACACGGCCUUGAAGUUCAUCCAGGAGAUCGAGGAAAUGGGCGGCAUGGCCAGGGCGGUGGCUGAGGGCAUCCCAAAACUGCGUAUCGAGGAGUGUGCAGCGCGUCGGCAGGCCCGCAUCGACUCAAGGUCAGAGGUCAUCGUCGGGGUCAACAAGUACCGCCUGGAGAAGGAGGAGAGCGUGGAGGUGUUGGCCAUCGACAACACGCUUGUGCGGCAGAAACAGAUUGAGAAGCUGAAGAAGGUAAGGGAGAGCCGCAACGCCGUCGCGGCCAGUAAAUGUCUCGCCGCCAUCGAGGAAUGCGCACGGACCAGAGAGGGUAACCUGUUAGCGUUAGCUGUGGAGGCGGCGCGUGCCAGAUGUUCCGUUGGUGAGAUCACAGACGCCAUGAAGAAAGUGUUUGGCGAGCACAAGGCGAGCACGCGCAUGGUGAGCGGCGCCUACCGCAGCGAGUUCGGCGAGCACGAGGAGAUCGCACUGGCUCACAGUAGAGUCACCGAGUUCAAGAACCACGAAGGCCGCAACCCUCGCCUCCUGGUGGCCAAGAUGGGUCAGGAUGGCCAUGACAGAGGAGCAAAGGUCAUUGCCACCGGGUUCGCUGACCUCGGCUUCGACGUAGACAUUGGGCCGCUCUUUCAGACGCCACUAGAGGUGGCCCAGCAGGCGGUAGAUGCGGACGUGCACUGCGUUGGUGUCAGCACGCUUGCCGCCGGGCACAAGACGCUGGUGCCGGAGCUCAUCAAGGAGCUGCGAGAGCUCAACAGGCCCGAUAUUCUGGUCAUCUGUGGAGGCGUCAUCCCACCGCAGGACUACGACUUCUUGCACCAGAGUGGCGUAUGCGCCAUCUUCGGGCCGGGUACCAGGAUCCCACAGGCCGCCGUGGAAGUCAUCGACAACAUUGAGAAGAGCCUGGAAAAGAUCCGACAGGCCAUGUGAAUGGACACGCACCCCAUGAAUUUAAUUUGUUAAGGAACUGAGUUUAAAACAACAAAUGAAAUCAUGAUCCAGCACUACAAUGGGUCGCCUGUCUAACGCCAUCUUGAUUCUUCAUAAGACGGCUUCUAAGACUCAUUGAGUAGGACAGUUUGACAUUUGACAUUGCAACAACGUUAUGUUUUCAUUGUUGUUGUUUUUUAGGAGCUAGCCGGAUUAUGCAAAAAAUAUUUGUUCGUGAUCCUGAAUAAUGAUGUGGACCUGUCUUGCAAGGUUUUCUUUCAUUCCCCUGAUGACGUCAUGGUGGUUACUUCCACUUAUGUUACAUAAAAAAAUAGAAAUAUACUGUAUGUGUAUUUGUAUGUAUAUAUUAUACUCGGCUCUUAAUGUAAACAAUUUCUUACAUGUG